AUGAUUUUGAGUAGCUGUCGGAAUUGUACAAUUAUGCAAUUAGUGGAUAUUGCUGCGCAAAUUGCUUCUGGAAUGAGCUAUUUAGAAGAAAAAAACUUUAUCCACCGAGACUUGGCCGCUCGUAAUAUCCUUAUGUCAUUCACAUUAUCUGUAAAAAUAGCCGAUUUCGGACUAGCACGUUUAAUACGCGAAAAUGAAUACGAAGCACGCGUGGGUGCACGCUUCCCCAUCAAGGUUCAAAUUAUUCACAAGCAUUUUUUUCAACCAUCAAAUGAGUGCUACAACAUGAAGAAUAUACCAAAAACAAACCACUUAUAUUUUACUGCUUCGAAUUUCUUUUACUUGAAUUAUUUUGGAUAG